UCUGUGCAUUCUCCGUGGGGCCAGCACAGGAGUAGGCCAUGGGAGACGUGAGGGGGAUGACACGGAUGCUACUGGAAUGCAGUCUGAGUGACAAGUUGUGUGUGCUCCAGGAGCAGCAGUAUGAGAUCAUUAUUGUCCCUACCCUCCUGGUUGGCACCUUCCUCAUCCUUCUCGGGGUAAUCCUGUGGCUUUUUAUCAGAGGACAAAGAGCUCAACAGCAGCCGCGUCAAGUUGGAGGCAUUGCCCCCAUGUCUUCAUCAAGGGCUGUAAGCCAGGAAGCAGCAGGACUUGGAGGAAAUGUGUUUGUGCCACUUAAGGAAACAUCAGUGGAGAGCCUUCUACGAGCCACCACAUCAGCCCUGGCUAAGCUGCAGUUACCCCGAGAGCAACUCUCUGUUAUACAGCAGAUCUACAAUGGUAGUUGUGGGGCCAUCUAUAGAGCCCAGAUGAACACUGGAGACCCAGCUACGUCCAAGAGUGUUGUCCUCAAGGCUUUAAGAGAACCAGCUGGGCUCCAUGAGGUGCAGAAUUUCUUAGGGCGAAUCCAGUUCUUUCAGUACCUGGGGAACCACAAGAACCUGGUACAGCUGGAAGGCUGCUGCACAGACCGGCUGCCGCUCUAUAUGGUGCUGGAGGAUGUGGCCCAGGGAGACCUGCUCAGCUUUCUCUGGACUUGCCGCCGGGAUAUGAUGACCAUGGAUGGCCUUCUCUAUGAUCUCACAGAAAAACAAGUAUAUCACAUUGGGAAGCAAGUCCUUUUGGCUCUGGAAUUCCUACAGGAUAAGCAUCUAUUUCAUGGGGAUGUGGCGGCCAGGAAUAUCCUAAUUCAGUGUGAUCUCACUGCCAAACUCUGUGGGCUGGGCCUAGCGUAUGAAGUCCAUGCCCGAGGGGCCAUCUCCUCUACUAAUAACAUACCUCUCAAGUGGCUUGCCCCAGAACGGCUUCUCCUGAGACCUGCUGGCAUCAGAGGAGAUGUCUGGUCCUUUGGGAUCCUGCUCUAUGAAAUGGUGACCCUAGGGGCUCCACCGUAUCCUGAAGUCCCUCCUCCCAGCAUCCUACAUCACCUCCAGAGAAGGAAAAUCAUGAAAAGACCCAGUAGCUGCACACACACCAUGUAUUGUCUUAUGAAGUCCUGCUGGCGCUGGAGUGAGGACAGCCGCCCCUCACCUAGAGAGCUUCGCGUGCGCCUAGAAGCUGCUGCUCGAACUGCCAAUGACAAGGCUGUAUUGCAAGUACCAGAGUUAGUGGUACCUGAACUGUAUGCUGCUGUGGCAGGCAUCAGCGUGGAGAGCCUCCCCUACAACUACAGCAUACUUUGAGGACCCUCCAGAAAGAAACAUUUAUGGUUGAUCUUAUGCUCUUGGAACCAGUUCCUCCAGAACAGACAGUGGAUUUUCUAGUGGGACAUAAAGAGAGAAAUGGAUCCUGGGUCUUCCCCAGACAUUUCCCUAGAAACCUGAAAUGAUACUGAUUGAGGUUCUACACACCAUACCCUUGAGGCUGAGAAAUACUGUCAGCUCAUUUUUUCUAGCCCAAUCCUCAAAGCCAUCUUAAAGAACUGGGGUAGAAGUGGUGGAUAGUGUCACUGCAAAGGAAGCUUUGGAAAUCUGCAAUAUUUGUUGGGGCAUGGCACAAAUAAGCUGGUUCCUUCCCACCCCAAACUAGUUAACUCCUGAAGAAUGCUUUUAUCUAGACUAUUAUAAGAUCCAGAGAAACUGGAAUCAAAUAAGGGAAUUGGAGCCAAUGAAGGAUUUGGAGAGAAAGAAAAUUAAAGGUUCUCUUUGCUCAAAAGUAAAGAUGUGGACCAAAGCCAUCCUUUGAAGAGAAGAUGAGGAGGAAGGACAUAAAGUUCUGCAGUCCUGGUCCCUUCAUGUUGGGCAGAAAAAGAACCAUGAAGGGAAACUUCUGAGUUUCCUCUUGGGUAUAGGUAGGAGAAAGAUGGUCCCUUUUAUCUAAUUCUGAAACAGGGGAGUCCUGUUGGUACUGCUUUUAACUAGAAGGUUAGAAGAGUCAAAUCAUGAAUAAUAUUUGAUAUGUAUUGUUCAUCAGGCAAACUUUCUAGUCCUUGUAAGACUAAGGAGACUGACUGAGCCUUUUGAGAGUCAAAGUUGUCAGUGACGAAAAUGCUGAGUGUGUGUGUUUAAUAAUAGGAAACAUGCAAACUAAGUGAGAAAACUUAGUAGCUCGGGUCUUUAACAAGGGUUAGAAAAGGAAAUAAUCUGAGGGGGAGGUAUGAUAGCUUUUAAUUUUGAGUCAUCCAUUGAUGUACUGUGAAACAUUUCAUUAAGUUAAUAUUUAUUGAGUGAUGGUAGAUUCUGGCAUACAGCUGUGAAAAUCUCUACACUAGAGUUGAUAAAAGUAAAUAAACGGAAGUUAAUGUUGAUGGAAAAUUUCAAAAGACAACCUACAUUGUCAGCGAAGGGAUUCUUUAUGUGUGUGAUGGGCACAAUACCUACCUCACAGGGUUGUUGUGAGGAAUGAAGGAGCAUGUAUACUGUAUACAGUAUCUGACACAUA